AACACACACAUAUAAAACUCAGUACUCGAAAACUUGUCUCAUAGAACGAGUUCAGUCCAUGUUGCGUAUUUUAUGAAUCGGAAUGGCGCGUAGACAGAAUUACAUGAUUCUGGAGCCAGCUUACAGACGGCUACAUAAGCUUAAGGAGAUGGCAACAGAAGAGAAUGUGUCACCAAAAAUCAGAGCUGAGAUAGACGCCAUUAUUGAUUUGCUUAAGGUCCGAGCGGACUACUGUGAAGACCAAUCAACAAAACCUAGCGAGGAUCUUUUGAGACUCAUGGAAGCUACGCUACAUCACCAAUGGAAAGAUGCAUUUGAACAAGGAAAGCUUAGUUAUGUCCCAACUACCCUGAUGAUGUCAGGAAAUUUAGAAGCACAGUUUCUGCGAUCCUUAUCAAGCUUGGGUAACGCUAGGCGUGUCCUGGAACUAGGUCUGUUCACCGGAUGUACGGCUUUGGCGCUUGCGGAAAGCAUACCGGAAGACGGGAAAGUGGUGUCUUGUGAACUUGACCCUUAUAUUGCUGAUCUUGCAAGGUCACUUUUGGAUAAAACAGAAUGUGGGAAAAAAGUUGAUAUCAUGUUAGGUGAUGCCAGGGAGUCAAUGAGAGCGCUCGCCGACAAGAAGAUGCAGUUCGAUCUGAUUUUCAUAGAUGCAGACAAAGAAAACUACAGUGUUUAUUACAAGAUGAUAUGGGAACUAGGGCUUCUAGCACCCAAAGGGAUGAUACUGGUGGACAACGCCCUAUUUUUUGGAGAUCCUUACACUAAGGAAGGGUACAUGGGCAAGGCAGGAGAAGGGAUUACCAGUUUCAACGACAUUGUCAGAGAGGAUGGAAAUGUUCACAAGAUUUUGGUGCCAAUACGUGACGGCCUGAUGAUCAUAAGAAGAAUAGAUGAUGUGAAUGUCCACAAAUAGAAGACUGAAAGACAAUUUUAAAGAUUCUAGCAGACGACACAGGCG